GAAGCAGUUUUACUCCGAUAUACGUCACCACGGGGAAAUACUGUAAGACUAUCACUACUUCAGUUUCAUGACAUUUUUGGCAAUCUAUCUCUUAAAAGAUGACUGAAUUUCUAAAGAUACUUUCAAACAAGAAUGUUAUUGAGGCUUUGCUGGUUGGUCUUGAGAAGGUUAUUGGAAUGGUGGCUGGAGAUAAUUUCCCUGUUUCCUCCAUUGCUUCUUUGGUGAGGCUGGCAGUGGACAAGGUGGACAGCGAAGAGUACACGAACGAGCAAAUCCAAAAGAUACAAGAUCGCCUCAGUGUCAUUACUAAUAAAAUGAGUCAGAUAAAACUGGAGAUUGAGAAAAAUAUUAUGAAUAUCCAAUACUUUAAAGAGGAGCAGAACCUGAGGAACCAGUUUUCAAAGUUUAUGGAGAUAUUCAAUGUCAACCCUCCACACAGAGAAGCCUCAAAAAACUUGUUCAUGGAUGAUUUUAAAAGGUCAGGUGAGGAUAUAAAUCUCCACAAGCUCUAUAAUGCAGUAACAGGAGAUAAUUUGUCUAGAACGUCUGUGCUAGAGAUCAUUCUGGAUUGUGAGCAGAAGAGCCUCAGGCAAGUGGAGAAUUUUUGCACUAAGCUGAAGCAUCUGUUCUGCAUCGGUUUGAUAGCUUUUCUGGGAUACUUAAGUCUGAAAGGCAAAGAUGAAGAGAAGUUGCUUCAAGAGCAAGAAGAGUGGUGCAAAAAAAUGGAAGUGGUCCAGUCUAAAAUAAAUGAGGCUAUCAAACAGUGCAUCAACAGCUUUCCCACACAGGCUAAGACGGAUACUGAAGGCAUUGUGUUAGAAUGCAGUGACAAAAACAACCAGGAACUGGCUGACACAUUAAUUGGCCACUUAAAAACGAAAUACAACUGGGUGAGCUGGAUGGUCCGUGUCUUUAACUCUCCUACAGGCCUGUUCACCCCCAAAAAAGAUUACCAGGGUUUGAUGGGAAACAGUUGGUUUCAGGUGUUGGCAUCGGGCGAUAAAAAUGUUGUGAUCUCGUACAGCACCUCACCAAAAAGCUUCGAUAAAACCUUUAUAUCUACGCUUGUAGUGGUCUUGGAACACAACAGAUGUAUAUGGAAAAUGCCCUCAAUGACAUUGAUGAGCAAAAAGCUUUUUUUGACAAAUCCCUUUGGUGUUGUUCAUACAGUCAAGAGCUCAUGUAAAAAUCUGGGCUAUUCCUGCAACUUCUCUGAUGAGCUGCACUACUAUGAAGACUUCAAGGAUUUCUAUGUCUUUUUUCAUUCUGCUUAAUGCUGGCAAGAAAAUAAUACCAAGUCAACCAUAGUUACACUGAUUGAUGCACAUUGCAAUGUUAUGGAUGGAUGCUAUACCAAAUAAAAAUAAAUGUUUGAAAUCUUCUUUUAAAAUAUAUACUGUAUUUCAUAGAUAUGUUGUAUUUCUGGGAUUUAUUUGCACAUUAUUCUUAUAUUUACUAUUCUUUACUCAUUUUAUGAAAUCAGAUUAUGUAUUGGUUUUAAUUAUGUAUUAAUUUACCAUUUCAUUUUUUCAUUCAUUAUUAUUCUUUCAUUAUUAUUUUUCAAUACAAUCUCUUGCUGCAAUAUAUUGUCUUUACAAGUACACAUAAGGAAAUGUCCCAGGAGAAUGUUGUGAACAUUUAUACUGUCUAUGCUUGGAAUAAUAGCACCUACUGAAUCUUUUACUAGUCAAACAAGUCAAAUUUAGAAUUGAAAUGCAUCUAAGAUCAUUUAAUAAACUCUGCUCAUUUUAUUUGUGGCAGACAAUUUUUGUGGCAGACAAUUUUUGAAGAAAGUAACUUUAUAUUACUUCAUUUAUGUUUGUGAUGGCAAUGCCUGCUUCAUAGUUAAACUCAUCAAAGCUAAAACAUUUUUAUUGGAUGUCUGUGUAGAUAUUUUUCAUGCAAGUUGUCAAUAAAAAUUAAAUCAAUUAAA